GCCGCCGGCGGGGAAGGUGCAGGUGUGCUCCUGAGCUGGGGCAGCGGCCGCUCGGGGCGGGAGGCUGCCCGGGCACUUCCCGAGGGUUCCCCGGGAGAGCGGCACGAACUCUCCGUUCGGCCGGCGGGAGCCAUGCCCGGCAUGCUGCCCCGGACCCUGCCCGCCUCCCUCGGGCGGGGCUGCCUGGGCCGCUGGCUGCUCGCCACUCGCGGGUGGGCGCUCCUGGGCAGCGGCACCGGGACCUGCUCCUGCCCGAGGUGGCGGCACCAGCCCCCGCUGCUGCUCAGGGCCGCCCGCCAGAGCAUCGGGACGCAGGCGGGAGGGCUGAAAGCCGCAAAACCUGGCGGGAAUAGCAAAGAUGUGUCCGUGCAAAGGACGGUGAACGAGGAAACGCUGGUGUCGGCGGCUCAGAAAGUGAAAGAAGCUGGAAGAGACUUUACCUAUUUUAUUGUGGUGCUUGUUGGAAUUGGUGUUACAGGUGGUUUGUUCUAUGUGAUUUUUAAAGAGCUAUUCUCUUCUUCUAGUCCAAAUAAGAUCUAUGGAGAUGCCUUGGAGAAAUGCAGAUCUCACCCUGAGAUAAUUGGUGUUUUUGGUGACUCUAUCAAAGGUUAUGGAGAGGCAACAAGAAGAGGAAGACGACAGCAUGUCAGUCACAUUGAAUACGUAAAGGACGGACUGAAACAUAUGCGUUUGAAGUUCUAUAUUGAGGGCACUGAAUCAGGGAAACAGGGAACAGUCCAUGUGGAAGUCAAAGAGAAUCUUGAAACAGGAAGAUACGAGGUUCGCUACAUAUUUGUGGAUGUUGAGACCUAUCCAAGAAGAACCAUUGUCAUAGAGGACAACAGAUAGCCCAUGAUCAAAGCUGCUACCUUAUCUCACAUCGGAUAAUGUUGUAGCCAGUCUGCACAUGAAUUGUGUGUUGUUGCCAAUUGUGUCUCACAGCUUCAGGGCUGUGUUACAGGAAGGAGCCUCUCAGGGCCUCCACUGAGGACUUCUGAUAAAGACAGAUACGGGAUUUAAAGUGAAACCAAUGAAAUAUAGCAGAACUAUCAUGGCAGAUAUUCUCAACAUAGGAAAAUAAUGACUCCUAAUAAACAGUUUAAUGCUGGAUAAUACUUCUGCACACCCAAAACCUGAGUUUUCCAAGGUUUUAGGUUUGAAUGGCGAUUUUUUUGUCUUCCUUGGCUUGGAUUUCCCGCUACCACUGCAAUAAAGAAAGGGUUAGUUUGACUGUGUUCAUUUUGGAUACCUUUGUAGGUAAGAAGGUAGAAUAGAACGUUAGUGAUGUAAAAGAUAUCUAGGCAUGUAAGGGUAGGAAUGCUGGAGGCACACACCUAUGACAAAUAACUGAAGAUAAUGACUUUAAUAUUGGUGUCAUCUAAAUAAAUUACCAGCAAACAGAACAUCA